CGUCAUUCCCUCGACAAUACCAUGGCCUCGUCAUCAGACCUAAAGCGCAAGUUCGAGGCCGGGAACGGAGCAAAGGCUGGAGCCGGUGCCGCAACCGACGACGGCUUCACGAUGGUGCAGAGAAGGAAACAGAAGAAGCUCGACAAGCGCCGCCCCGAAUUCCACUAUGACAUGGCCUACUUCCGUACCGGCAAGAAGAUUGGCAUUGCGCACAUCCGCGACCUGUCGGUGUUCAUCAACGUCAGCGACGGACGGAAGCCCGACUGGAUGGUGGUCGACAACCCCCACAGUGUCAAGCACACGGUGGUUGUCCUCGCUGCUGGAUUGCUUCCCCAGCACAUUGGCCUCGAGCCCCUCCCUCCUGCCGCGUCAUUGCCCUUCGUGACGAUACCGAAGGGCCCUACCCCCGGGCGAGUGCAGAGCAUCAAGAAGUUGUUCUCGUACGGAUGCCCCACGCGCGCACCAGGCGACAACCGCAAGAUGCACUCGGUCGUCAGCGGACUCCUCCGUGGGCCAUUGACGGAGAAGGAGAAGAAGAGGCGAGAGAAGGAGGCCAAGACAAUGCAGGACAGCCACCAGAAGGGAGAGGAGUACUCGCCAGUCCUCUUCCUGUUGACACCUAACCAAAUGUCUUCGAACGGCUAUCGCCUUCCAACCUAUGUUACGGGCGGCCCGGAGCUGUUUAUCCCCGGCAAGGUGCCAAAAGACGUGGCCGCGGUGCUUGCUGCGAGCCGCAAGGGCAAGGAGCCUGGAUUCGACGACGAGGGAGUGGUGAUGCCUGCUGGCGCCCGCCCUAUCGAGCUCGACGAGAACGGACGGAGGAGACGAGGCAACAUUCGUAGCGAGGAGGGCUGGGUCGAGACGCCAGAGGCAAAGGGUCCGCCACCUGGUGGCAAGUACCCAGUGUUGGCCGUCGACUGCGAGAUGGUCUUGACGGAGGACGGCCAAGAGCUCGCGCGGGUAUCGGUCGUUGACUGUGAGACGCAGCAGAGCGUGUUUGACGAGUUGGUCACUCCACCCAAGCCCGUCACAGACUACCUCGCGCGAUUCUCAGGUAUGACUGCAGAGGGACUCGCCACGGCCAAGUACACCCUCGAGUCGGUCCAAGAAGCGCUUGUCACUGGCCCACAGCCCAUCAUUACCCCGCACACCAUCCUGCUCGGUCAUUCGCUUGACUGCGACCUGGACUCGCUCAAGAUCCGCCACCCCUUGGUAAUUGACACGAGCGUCAUCUACCGUCACCACCGCGGCCCACCGUUCAAGCCCAGCUUGAAGUACCUCACCCAGAAGUAUCUCGGAAAGGUGAUUCAGCAGGGUGAGGGUGGCCACGACUCGGAGGAAGACGCGCGGGCGUGCGCAGGUCUCUUGAAGAUGAAGCUCAUACAUGGACCUGACUUUGGCGACCCCAACGAGGACAGCGAGUCGGUGUUCGAGCGCCUUGCGCGAUCCAACCAGUCUACACUUAUCGCCGACCACGGCAAUCCACGACAGUGGUACGGAGCGGCCGCGACGACAGCUGUGGGCUGCACGACCGACGACGAGGUCGUUGACGCGGUGGUCAAGCACGUCGACGGGCACAAAUACACCUUUGCCCGGCUGACCGAGCUGUCGACGGUGCAGCGUUGGAACAGCAGCGGAGACCACGACGUCGACAUGACCGACAUGAGCGACAGUGUCGAGCUCGACGAGGCCCUCGACGACUUUGACGGGCGCCUGCAGCGCCUGCACGCCGCGCUGCCGCCCAACUCGGCACUCAUCCUGCUGACCGGCAACGCGGACCCGCGGCCGAUGGUGAGCCUGAACCAGCGGCGCAUGCGUUUCGAGCGGGCGUUCCGCGCGCUGGGAAGCACCGAAGACAUUCCACCCGAGAGCAGGUGGAUGGCCGAGGACGACAGGGAGUAUGAGCGCGCCGUCGCUGAGGCGCGUGAGGGGAUGGCGUUCUUCUGUGUCAAGGCAUAGACGAGGGCCAGGGCCCUUGGAGCAAACACUUGUACCACGACGUUGAUAGAUAGUAU